AUGGCCCGAUCCAACCUCUACCUAAUCUUAAUUACCAUUUUCUGUCUUUCAAUGGCAACCGCCCAACCAGUGGAGCCAAAUGCGAAUGUACAGUCGGGCAGACAUCCGAGUGGGGAGAUCGUCACAGAUCGACAAUCAACACAUCAAAAAGCACCACGAGCCAUCGCCACGGCAUCAAACACUACAGACACCGACAUGCCUCUUCCAUACGAUACCCUAGCCUACAAUUUCGCCAACACAACCUCCUGCAUAGACUUCUACAGUGCAUGGCGCGCGAACAAAACAAUAACAGACUGCCACGCCGUCUCGCUCCUCCUCGAGAACUCCAACGCCUUCUUCCACGCCCUCAGAUCCAACACUACCAUCUCCAGCAUCCUCAACUCAUCCUGCACCCAAGAUGUAAACAAGUGCGCCGCCAUCAUGACUGAUCUCGCCAACGACCUCCUCAAAGAUGAAAACUGUCGCGAAGACUACCAUAACGGAAACUCAGUCGUCAAAGGCACAUACCGCGACCUGGUCGCCUACGAGCCCAUGUAUCGCGCGACAUGCUUGAGGAACCCGUCUACUCAGCAGUAUUGCUUUGUCGACGCGGCUUUGAAUUCCACUUCACCGGAUGAUUAUAAUGUUUACUUUAUGACGCUGGGCAAUGCGCUCAGCGCGGGCUCGAAACCUACUUGCAGUAGGUGCUUGCAGUCCACUAUGGAUGUGUACUCUGGUUGGGCCAAGGUUGAUGGUCAGUCGCUUGCUACGACGUAUUUACCUUCUGCCGGGGUUAUCAAUGCACAUUGUGGGGCCGGGUUCGCGGUGACCAAUAUCACUGUUGGAUCUGAUGCUGUCACCGGUAGUGCCGGGAUUGCUGUUCCAUUACCUGGUCUUGCGAUGGUGAUAUCAGCGCUUCUUGCGUUUACCUUCGUCUAG